UCGUAUAUAACGAAUGCUUACUCUCCAUGCCAUACCAGUCCGUCCAAUCGCAGCUCGUCAAGAAUCUAUCGGGACCUACGGCCAACCCAGUCUCACGAUAUUGAGGAGCCGGGCACCAUGUCGUCACCCGAGAUUGCGCAGGUAAACAGCCGCCGAGCCCACAUAGGCAUAGUCGGCGCUGGCCUUGCCGGCCUUCGCUGCGCAGACAUUCUGCUGCAGAAGGGCUUCGAGGUCACCGUAGUCGAGGGUCGCGAUCGUGUCGGCGGUCGUAUGCAUCAGGAGAAGCUGCCCAACGGACACUGGGUGGACAUGGGACCUAACUGGAUACACGGGACCGAGGACAAUCCUAUGCUUGACCUCGCCAAGAAGACAGGUGUCGAGACUGGAUUGUGCGAUGACAAUACAAAUGUCUUUGACGACACCGGGCGUCUCUUGGCCCUCGAGAAGGGCGAGGCGUAUUCGACCAUCAUGUGGGAAAUUAUCGGGGACGCAUUCAAGCACGCAGAAGAGAAAUCGGAUGAUAUAGGCUCGGAGGAAAGCCUGUAUGACUUCUUCCUCGAAAGGGUCGUCACCAAGGUCCCCGAGACAGAGGAAGAUUGGCGGAGAAAACGGCAGAUUGUUAUGCACCUGUCCGAAGCCUGGAGCGCAUAUAUCGGUACCCACGUUACCAAGCAGAGUCUCAGGUUUCUAUGGCUGGAGGAGUGCAUCGAAGGAGAGAAUCUGUUCUGCGCGGGGACAUACAGAAAGGUACUCGAACACGUUGCCAAGCCAGCGCUGUCGGGAGCCGACAUGAUAUUAGGCACAGUGGCCGACAAGAUCACGUACCGAACCGACCCGCAAGACCGCGUCAAGAUUGACACGAGCGAUGGCCGACGCCUCGAGUUUGAUCACGUUGUCGUCACAUCGCCCCUUGGCUGGCUAAAACAGCACCUGGAUGCAUUUGAGCCCGCUCUACCUGCGCGCUUGAUCCAGGCCAUCAACUCCAUCGGAUACGGCAGCCUCGAGAAGGUGACCGGUAAUAUCGAGCAGGUCUAUAUAACCUUUCCAGAGGCAUUUUGGCACCCAAAGAACGAUACGGAAGCCAAGGUGAAGGGCUUCAUUCAAUGGCUGUCCCCCAACUACGCCCCCGAUACGAACCCGUAUCGGUGGAACCAAGAGGCGGUCGAGUUGGCCAACCUGGGUCCCGAGACUUCGCACUCGACGAUACUUUUCUACACCUACGGUGAUCAGUCAGCCUACAUCACCUCCAAGCUCUCGGACAAGGAUGAGGCCGAAAAGAGACGAUUCCUCGCCGACUUUUUCGAACCGUACUACACCCGGCUACCUGGCUAUGUCGAGGGGGAACCGCGCUGCCAGCCAAUCAGCUUCCUGGCAACGAAUUGGCUGAGCGAUGAGCUGGCUGGCCAUGGGAGCUACAGCAAUUUCCAGGUAGGCCUCACGGAGGCGGAUGAAGACAUCGAGACGAUGCGGUACGGUAUUCCCGAGAAGGGGCUGUGGCUGGCGGGGGAGCAUACGGCACCGUUUGUCGCACUUGCGACUGCGACGGGAGCAUAUUGGAGCGGUGAGUCGGUGGGAAAGAGGAUAGCGGAGAUGUAUUCUGCGACGUCGUCGGAGCCGUAG